AUGCUCGCUGUCGUUGCAGUCUCUGGAGGCUGCGCCGCGGCUCCCGAGCGGCGCGUGACCCGUGCCAGUUUUGGUAAGGUUUUGCGCACCCUCUCAACUGACUCCCUGAGGCAGGGUGGCGCGGGUGCGGGGUGGCUCGGCAGCUCGGCGGGAGGCCUCCGACCCGGCUACCUUGUGCUGUUGAAGUUGCUGCAGGAGACGCCGAUGACGAUGGCGCUGUCCUCGCGGCUGGCCAGCGUCCGGGCUCGCUGGCGCGCCGCCCGGGAUAGCACUGACAGUCUGCCGGCGCAGCGGGCGCAUUCGAAUGCGCCCGCCGCGCCGGCAGACUGUUGGACGGCCACAGUCGCGAAAGCGCGCCGCGCCAUGAGCGGCGACCGUGCCAUCUACUAUGGCUGCGUCAUAGAGAUUGCAGCCAUCCUCCAGAGCCAUGGCUGGUGGUAA